AUGUCUUCAACCGUCGACACAUCAUUCAUUCCCGAUCUGCCCAAAGGUCCACUGGAUACCUACCGAAGUCGAGCAAAAUUCGAUUGGAAAAAACUGCGCCUGAUCUUUGAAGAUUCAAAUUCGUUGAAAAUUAAGUACAAAACAUGGAACACCCUUGAAGCCGAUCCACUAUUCGCCAAGCCGAGAUGUACUUUGUCGGCGGACGAGCAAAAGCGACGAGCCGCAAUGCAAAUGAACCGAAUGACUGAUUUUAAUUUAGUUCCACCUGAAAUCUAUGACUUAAGUUACAAGCAUAAGACCAAAUAUCUGAUGAGCAUCAACGAGGCGCUGCACUCAAUAUGUCCGAGCUUUUCGGUGAAAAUAGCAUUAGGAAUUGGACUGUUCAACAAUGCUUUGAAUGCUAUGGGAUCGGAACGGCAUUUGGAAUAUUACAAAGCUGCAUGGAACAGGGAGAUUGUCACUUGCUUGGCUAUAACCGAAGUGUCUCAUGGCUCAAAUACAAAACUAAUUCGAACCACUGCCACUUUUGAUCCAAAGACGCAGGAAUUUAUUAUCAACACACCUGAUUUUGAGGCUGCCAAAUGUUGGAUUGGCAAUUUAGGCAAGACCUGCACACUCGCUCUACUAUUUGCCAUUUUGUACACUGCUGACGGAACGAAUCACGGACUACACGGCUUCCUUGUGCCGAUCAGGGAUCCGCGCACACUGCAACCAUAUCCUGGAGUGCUGGUUGGUGACAUUGGCGAAAAAAUCGGCUUGAAUGGCAUUGACAACGGUUUCGUCAUGUUCAAUCACUAUCGCAUUCCCAGGGAAAAUCUGUUGAAUCGAACUGGCGACGUUACGCCUGAAGGGGAAUACGAAAGCGCUUUUACUGAACCAGGCAAAAUGUUGGGUGCAGCGCUUGAGUCAUUCUCUGAUGGUCGUUUAGGAAUUAUGCAAGAGAGUGCUGGAACGUUCUCACAUGCCGCUGUUAUUUCGAUUCGAUAUGCGGCGCUACGGAAACAAUUCGGACCGGAUAGAAGUGGACCGGAGGUGCCAAUAAUCGAAUAUCAGCUUCACCAAUGGAGAAUAUUUCCGUAUCUUGCUGCCGCGUGUGUGUUCCGAGUGUCUGUAUUCGCCCUCACUGAUAUCUACUUAGAAACGGUUGAAAAAUCUCAGGCCGAUUCCAACGGCUUUCAGUUGCUGACUCAAAAGGUAUCGGAGAUACACGCCCUGGUUUCUUCGUCGAAGCCGCUAUUGACUUGGACCGCUCGAGAUGCUAUUCAAGAGGCGAGAGAAGCGUGCGGCGGUCACGGAUAUUUGAAGGCGGCCAAUUUGGGCGAAUUGCGCAACAAUCACGACGCAUGCGUAACAUACGAAGGAGACAAGAACGUUUUGGGUCAACAGGCGUCGAAUUGGUUGAUCCGGCAAUGGGAAAAAGAUGUUGAAAGUCCUGCUGGAACGGCCAAUUUCAUUAAAAAUCGCAACGAAAUCUCCGGCUUCAAUUUCGAGAACAUUUUGAAGAGGUGGGACGUGAAGAGUUUCGAAUUUAUAAUCUGCUGUUAUGAAUGGCUAAUGUGCUGGUUGCUACAAAGCAUUUCAAAAACGAUGGCCGAAAAGGUGGAGCAGGGCGUUGAUCGGUUCGCUGCUAGAAACAAUGUUCAAGCGUACAAAGCCAGAGAUUUGACACGUGCAUACGCUGAAUAUUAUGCGUUGAAAAGCUUCCAAAAACGUUUGACGAAGAGUGAUGUCACUCCGGAUGUGCAACCGUACCUGCAUACCAUCUUCCUAAUCUAUGGAUACUGGUGUAGAGACAAACAUAUGACGACAUUCUACCAGGGAAACUUUGCCACCGGCGCAUCGUUUGCGGACACAAUCCGCAACAAUUUGCUGCAGUGUUGCAGUGACAUCAAAGAUGUGUCUGUAUCGAUUGUGGAUGCAUUGGCACCGCCAGACUUUGCACUGAAUUCAGUAUUGGGAAAAUCGGACGGAUUGUUGUACCAAAAUCUGCAGCACGAAUUUAUGACAAAUCCAGGAGCACUGGAGCGCGCUAGCUGGUGGCAGGACGUAGUCAUUCCACCCAAAUCAAAACUGUAGAGAUAGAGAGAGAGAUCGAUGUCGUUGUUGCAGACACACAGUGUGUGCGUGCGCGUGUUGGAUCAAAUAGGAAAUAAGAAGAGGAGUUGAACGGAAAAAAAUCAUUUUGAAAGAGAUUCAAAGUCGUAGACUAUUAUGUCCCCAUUAGAAAUAUACGUACAGUCUCUACAACACUCAAAUUUCUGUGCAGAAUUUCCAUAUGAAAUCAAACAAAAAUUGUAAUCGUAAGACUUAAUGUUCGGUUGAGAAAAUGUCCAAA